CGCCGCAACACCAACAAUACCCCCUUCGCCUAGGCAGCUCUUCAAUGAGCUCCUUGUAAUCAAUUGCGGCCCACAUCACCAAUGGACAACGUCUGAACUGGCUCCCUCUGACACAAUGCUCGACUUCUCAUGUCCCUCCUCCGCACCCUCGACCGGACCUCUGCUGUCUCGAAUACCGCCCAUGCACGGCCCUUCCUCACAUUCUUGUACCCACGCCACGAGGACACGCCGUCCAAGAGAAGAUUCAGCAAGAAGGCGAUAGACAAUGCUCGGCGACUACCCGAACCGACGACUGCUCGCAUGGGCACUUUCUUCGUCAACGCCUUGGUGCGGGCAGCAUCAUGCCCAAAGCAUGCACAGCUCCUACACACUCUGCGCGGGGUAGAAACAGCGCCGCCAAAACAUCAGACAACGCGGGGACAGAGCACGUGGUCAAAGUCUGAAGAGGAUGGAUCCGACCCACGUCCAGAGCGCAAAGGCCCGCUCAAGAAAGUCCAACGCUUCGCCGAGAAGGAACUGCAAGCCUUGAUAGACUACUACGGCAUGGAGAUCGACACGCGGCCCGAGGCAGAGGUUCCAGACGACGGGAACUUGGUGUGGAAUGUUGGUGAUAGCCAUGUGCCCUGGCCCCUCCGCGACCCAUCGGACGCUGUGCACAUUGACGAGUUGCAGACUCUGCUGAAGAACGAGGAAGCACCGCACCAACAUGUCUAUGAUGCAUACAAGAAGCUGCAGUCGCCGGGCGUUGUCUAUCUCGAUACUCUCACCAUCCGGGCGCUGCUGCACCAUCUCGCUGUCGUCGAACGCCCCACACCCAUCGCAGCCCAACGCUUCCUCUCUAUCCUCGACGAUAUGAAAACCGCACACAUACACAUAACCCGCUCCGAGUGGACGUCAGCCAUACACCUGACUGGUCGCGCCAUGGGGACUGUAUCCGAAGACGACCUGCAAGCCUCCCUUCGCAUCUGGCAGGACAUGGAGCGCCGAGCCGGUCUUAAGGGUGGCUACGUGACAUUCAACGUACUCUUCAACAUCGCUGUCAAAGCGGGGAAAUACUCUCUAGCCGAAACCUUUAUGAAAGAGAUGCAGGACCGAAAAGUGCCCAUGCACAGACAUUACCGUGUAGCACUUCUCUACUACUACGGCGUGUUACAAAAUGGGAAUGCUGUAAGGAGAGCAUAUCUGGACAUAGUCUCGGCGGGAGAUAUUGUAGACACUGUUGUCAUGAACGCUGUCAUAGCAGCGCUGAUGCGCGCUGGUGAGCCCUCAGCCGCAGAACAAGUCUUCGAGCGCAUGAAGCGCUUGCACGCCAUGAGGACCACCACCGCACCUGGCCACGUAUUCUUCAACCGCAAAUGGCGCCAUGGUCGCCUUCUGGGCUUGCGCUUCAGAGACGAGACACGAAGACUGAAGAGAGAGAGCAAAGACGAGGAGUUGAAGCAAUUACAAGACUUUGCGCCCAUUGGUCCUGAUUCAAGAACAUACGGCAUCCUGAUACGGCAUCAUGCAGCGGUAGCCGGCAACAUCGACCGCGUGAACGAGCUGCUACAAGAGAUGAAGUGGAAUUCCGUUCCACUCGACGGCACAAUAUUCAUCGUCGUCUUCCAGGGCUUCAACUCCUUCGGCGGCGUCCGCUAUACCUCCUGGACCGCCUUUAGAUUAGAGAAGAUAUGGCACCAAUAUCUGCAAUCUCUGAGCCAGAACCUGGAGCGAACCUGGCUCUCUAGUCUCGCUGUCAUUGCGGCGCUCAAAGCAUUUGGACGAUGUACAACCCCGGAAAGGACACUGAAGGCAUGGGAGGAGAUUCGCGCGCUGUGGCAACCCGACGAACAGGAGCUGGAGGCCGUGAUGAUGGUCCUCAGGAAGCUGGUGCCGAGUCAGUUGGAGACGACAUCCAGUCCAGGAUUCUUCGAUGGGAAAAGACCAUCGUGAGCAGCACUACCAAUAGUGCCACGCGGCGUCACUAUCAUUGUACACGCGUUCUGUAUCACUUUUUUGUAAAAAUAAUAUGUGGAGUUAUUCCGGUCAGCAUGUGUGUAUGAAUCUGAUACGGGAGAUUGUGUACCGAAUGAAUGGCCGCUGUAAAAACAUACCGAGGUCCUACAGCACAGUACAGUCAUCAGAUAGAGAAACAAACAAGUGAAAGAAAGGGUCCAGGGUCGUCUUCCCGUACCAAUGAUUCAUGAAUCAUGAAUCGAAUAUUAUACAAGGGUAUACCUUUCUUAGUGACCAUCGUCAUCUCCGGUUCGUCGGUCAGUACCCGUUCCAUUGUGGAUGGCUUUGACCCUGUUUGUUGCACGGAUUACUGUGCAAGCAAUCUUGUCUUCAUUUCGGUCCAAGGGAUGCAGUCAUGGGAUUUUGCAAUAAGUCGAUUUUCCGUGGCAUGGAAUUGUUGGG